CAGGAGCGGUACUGCAGGCGGAAGUGCCGCACCUGUUGAUGUUAAAAAUUGUUCCUCCUUCAGAAACUUUGAGGGCUCACCUGUCUUACCUGGAGCCACGGAACCGCGGACUGCCGGGGAGGUUCUGGACGUUCUGCAGGGGUUCUGGUGCCUGAAGACAGAGUUCAUGGAUAAACUGAAGCAGGUUCUGAGCGGCCAGGACGGCGGCGGCGGCGGCGCGGAUGGGAGCGGCAUUCUGGAGACAGCCAAUCAGGCGUCGACGCUGGCCUGGGGGACCAGGAUGAAGGGCUUCCUGAUCUGCUUCCUCCUGGGGGCCUUCUGCUCCAUCCUGGCCACCUGCCUGCUGUGGAUCCCCGGCUUCGGGCUCCCCGUGUUCGCUGUCCUCUACACGCUGGGCAACGUCAGCGCUCUGGCCAGCACCAUGUUCCUGAUCGGGCCGCUGCGGCAGCUGAAGAACAUGUGCGCUAAGGUCCGGGCGCUCGCCACCGCCGUCAUGCUGGUGUGCCUGGUUCUGACGCUGUGCGCCGCCUUCUGGUGGAAGAACAACGGCUUGGCGCUGCUCUUCUGCGUGCUGCAGUUCCUGGCCUUCACCUGGUACGGCCUCUCCUACAUCCCCUUCGCCAGGGACGCCGUCCUCAAGUUGUUCUCCGUCUGCGUCAGCUGAUUCCGACCAAUCAGGACGCAGGAAACGGGGGCGCGGUCCAAUCAGGAGGUCCUGGCUUCACGUCAGCAGCUUUUAUUUAUUUCAGCAGAGAAGUGAUCACGUUUUUACCUAAAGUCACAUUUUAAUCCUGUUUUUAACCCAGAAUGAUUCCGUUUUGUUGCUUAUUGUCUCUUUGUUCAUGAAGUGAAGUCGUUUAGACCCAAAGGGCUGAAAGUUAAGAUUUAAAACAGUUUUAUACUCCAUUUAUUUCAUGUUUGUUCACAUCGAGGCCUUAAGAGGAAAACCUGGCAGGUGUGUCCAACCUGCGGCCCGGGGGCCGUUGGCGGCCCCUGGACUGACUCUGUGGGGCCACUAACUGGUUCUCAGGGAAACCCAAAACAUUUCUAAGUUCUGGUUCUGCAGCGACUCGUUUCUUUAAUUAAAACAUUUCACGCUCUUAUUUUGUGGAGCAGGUUAGUUUUUUUGGGGUAAUUUCUGGCUUCUCAGGUGAAAAGUACGGGACUUCCUGAAAACCCGACCCGGAGGAGACAAGAACGGAACCACGGAUUUAUUUUUUUAUUAAAAUACUAAAUCAUAAAUAAUUAAAAGUAACAAAUGAACGGAUUAAUCAGUAAAAUGUAACUUUUCUCCUCCUGCGGUCGCGGUUCCUCCAGGAACUCAUCUGUAGUUUAACUCUUCAAGCGCUGCCGGUUCUGGUCCAGCUGAUCCGAUUGCUUAACUAGGGGAAAGAUCUGGGUCCGGUUCUGACGGCAGCAUCCAGGAAAGCGUGGAGCCCGGCAUCUCCUCUGGUCUGACCCGGAUCCGCCUGCAGGAGGACCGCACGCUGUGGUCCAACGGACCUCCUGUGGUUCCUGCUGGUUCCUCUGGUGGGGUCCGAUCCAGAGCAGAACGACCCGGUUCUGCUGGAAGCUGAUCCGGUUCGUCCAGCGUUUCCAACCUGAUGUAGGUUCUGUGUGGUACCAGGACCGGUCCAUGUCGGCUUAUCUGGGUGAAACAGCGCCUCCAUGUGAUCAGAUUACUCAUUCUAAAUGUGUAGCAGACGGGUCCAGCUGCGUUUCAGGCUCGGUUCGACCCAAACGGGUCCAAUCAGGAACAAAUAAGGACUUUUAAAGCAGUGGGAGGCACAGAGGCUACGGAACAACAGGAGGGCCAAAAAUAACGUGAAGGAAAAUGUCCUGAAUUAGAAAAAAUGAGAAAAAUGUCAUUUAAAAGUUUGAUUUCACAGCAAAAUGUGUUUUUAUAUUUUUGUGAUGUUCUUUUUUUUUAAUGUUUGUUUAAAUUUUAAGGUUUUUGGAUUUAAUUCUGUUGUUUUCAGAACCACAUGUAUCUGAUGCAUCUUGUUCUGGUUCUGCUGUGGUUCCAUGCUGUCGGGUCUCAGUAUUGAACCUUUAUGUUCCGGGUUUAUCUGGUGUGAAACUAUUUCAGACAUGGUCCCCCUGUGGGCCCAGUCCGGAGGCCCCGGCUCGUUAAGCCUCUCGUUAGCAGCCACAUGGGUCCACAGAUGUUCUGGUUAUAAAUCUGCCGUUGAACAAACCGCAGUGUGUGUUUUCUAUCAGGGUGUUAAUAAAUAUUAGCAGCGGUUCAAGCCCAGUUUUCA